AUGCACUCGAGCACUCGGAGGUUGUCAGUACAGAUUUGCCAUCUCCAAUCUUUGUCGACGUCGUCGUCGUGGCUAUCUUCCUCGUCAUCGUCGUGGUUAUCGACGUCGCAAUGCUGUUCCCGUCCCGCUUCCCUACGGAGCACCCGCACCAACGGCGAUGCAAAGACCAAGACGAAUACAACCGGUUGCCUGUCGUCGCGCACGUACGCUACGGUGACGGGCGAUGAACACGGCGCGUCUUCAUCGUCUUCUUCGGCGUCGUCGUCUGCACCUCCCAAGAACCCGUACCCGUAUCCGCGGCACGCAAAACCGACGCCGUACCAGAUAUUCCAUCUUCCUGUCAGCGCGACGCAAGCUGAGAUCAAGGCGCGGUACUACGAACUCGUCAAAGCCCACCACCCAGACUCACACCACGCCUCACGGAUCGCAUCCGACAUCGCACAUACACGGUUCAGGAAUAUCCAAGCCGCAUACGACUUUCUACGCGGGCGCACGCUAUCUCCGCAUCCAAACGCGCGUCCCACUCCAGCGGGGGGUACCAGAGGGUUCGACCCAUACGUACACGAGAUGGCGAGGAGGCGAAGAGCGUAUUACGCUUCUCAUUCGCGGGGGUACGACGACGCAGAAGAAGAUGGGGAUGGGAAGGGAGGUGGGAGAGGAUGGAGAUCUGACCCGAACGAGCGGACGAUGUGGCACGAAGACGGCUGGCGCGAGAGGCUCAUCUUUGGGCUUGGGAUGAUGGCUAGUAUCAUUCCACUCGUUUUGGCGGGGCUUUUCCCGAAUAUGCCGGUUACGAUCGCGUCGACGUUUAUGCCGACGACUUUCUCUGCGUCUCCAACACCACCUCUGUCGUCUGUGCAAGAUCGGGCGACUACGGCUACAACUAAUGCUACCACAAAACCCCCAUCAUCCAACACAAAUUCAUUCCCGCUCCCCUUUGUAAUUGACCUCGAUAAAGGGCACCGGGAAGCCGUGUCUGCACUCGUUGAAGCGCGGAAUGAGCGUGAGACGUUGGGGGCGGAGAGGCGCGAGGGGGUGAGGCAACGGGUACGCGAGAUCAAGAGUGCUAAUGGUGAUGUUGAGUUGACGAGAGGGGUGCAGGGUGAUUUGGAUGCGCGGGCAGAGGAUGUGACCGACCACACGCAAACCGUGCAAGCUGGAUCGUGUGAUGAACAACGCUCCUCAUCAUCAACAUCAUGUUCUGAUUCUGUGUCUCCGUAG